AUGCCAGUUGCUGUAGGACGUCUUGUCGCCCAUGUCCUGGGCUACCUUAGACCGCUGCAUAUCCCGACUCAUGCUCGAGGUCACGAUACAGUACCAGCCGACGGCCUUUCACACAACUUCUUUGACGGCUUUGCCCCUCAGCCGGCUCUCGAUGGCCGUCCACCACAAGUCGGCUUUCGCCGUCCACAGCAGACUGAGCAUAUGAAGCGGGACUGCCUCGCCAAUGGCACCAACUUUUGCUUUGGUGACAGCAGCAACUACUGCUCAUUCUGUGGCACAUGCUGCUCAAGCCCCAGCAACGGCAACAACAAAUGGUGCUGUCCGUCCGGCGGCAUCUGCUGCGGAAACUCUUGCUGUGGCAGCGGGCAGUCAUGCAACAAUGGACAAUGCUAUCUACCUGUUGUGACAAUCACCUCCACCAGCUCUGUUGUGGUCACACACACCCAUUUCGCUUCAAGCCUCGCAACCGUCAUCCAGAGAGUUGUCGAAAGCUCUGUUGUUAAGUCUAUAGUUGACGUCACGAACACAGAUGCAGAGACACAGACAAACUGGGUUUAUGUUACGACAACUUCCAUAGGAAAGCGCGCAGAGCCGACUGGGCUUCCUUUGGAAGACAUCAACCGCCGUCGUCCCGGUGCCAUCAGUGAAAUUGCCAGUGCCACACGCAUCGACGCAAAAAUAACCUCACUGCCGCUACGUAUCCAGAGCCCGUCCCCGGCCCCAAUUCCGUCAAUAGAACCCUCGGCGACCUCCGAAGCAAUUGCUUCGGAGAACAUUCUUCCUCGUGAUGCCCAAGCAGACGCCAACACAAUGGCUGCCUCCCGUUCUACGUCGACUGUAAUCGUUUCUGCAAUAAUCACGAACGUUGUCACAAGCUUCAUUGCUUCGACUACGACAGUUUUAACUACGUCCACCAACGUCGAGACCAUCUACCAGACGAAUACGGUAGUACUAAACGCCAAGGCCACUGUCGAAGCAACCUCGACAUGGACAUAUACGUCGCACCACCCAGUCACCGUCACGAUGACCGAAUUCUCGACAAAUUCUGAGCCUGCGUCUCAAUCCACAGAAGCUCCGGCCCUCGUCACCAGCGACUCGGACGGAUCUUCGACCAAUAAAAACCUCUCGGGAGCUUCUAUAGCCGGCAUUGCUAUUGGGGUGACCGCAUUCACAGCCAUAUUCGUUGCAGGCCUGAUUUUCUUUGUUCGCCGUCAUCUCGCCCGUGCCAAGGAGAGAAGGUCCAUUAGCGAGGAUUAUGCUUUCCUCGGGACAGGUCGCAGCGACUUUGACGGCCCAACCCGAAGCAACAGCAACAGCGGCAAAGGCCCAUCGAUAGUCAUGCUCAACAGGCACUACUCAGGACCCCCGCCGCCAAGCGCUCGGCGGCCCAGCGCCCAAAUAACACCCACUCAAUAUGCGGAUCCGAUGCAGAACGAACGCGGACUCCCGCCGAUUCCGUGGUACUCGACUACGUCCAAAACCUCACCUCCCACGUCACCUAUCUCACCUACCUCAGGCUCCUUUCCCUUUAGCGGCGAUCUCAAGCAGCUAGUGUCACAGACAUCUCCAGCAUCCCCAACGUACGCUCGCACAUCCCACAUGCGCUCGGGAAGUGCGAACACGACUAUCACAGCUGGCAGUUCGACAAUUGCCGGUGGUAAUAGCACUCAGACGAGCGUGCGAAGUAAUUCGAGUAAGACGGUGCGGUUUUCUGACAGUGGUUUCUCGCACCAGCGCGCUUCCUCGUCAGGUUCUGGGGCGGGUACUGUAAUUGAUUCCUCAAGCGACGUUCCAAUGGAAACCUCUGGCAAUAUCCCUACGGUCCAGGUCACGCCAAUUUCUCCAGUCACACAAGUCGCACCGUCGGAACUUCCAAGCGUACCCGCCCCAUGCGCAUAUUUAUCGCCCGACCCGCCGUCACCACUGCUACAGCCGCACCUCGGCCCGCUCCGAAUUGUUAAUGGUUCGAUUGACGAAGCGUCUGAUCAAGACGAGCGAACUCCAAAAACUCCUCCGCCGGCGCAGUGA